AUGCUCUUGAAUUGCUUCAGCGGGAGCCUCACUCGCUCACUCGCUCACUUAUCAUCUACUCCUCGCUCACUCCCUCACUUAUCGUCUACUCCUCGCUCACUCCCUCACUUAUCGUCUACUCCUCGCUCACUCCCUCACUUAUCGUCUACUCCUCGCUCACUCCCUCACUUAUCGUCUACUCCUCGCUCACUCCCUCACUUAUCGUCUACUCCUCGCUCACUCCCUCACUUAUCAUCUACUCCUCGCUCACUCCCUCACUUAUCGUCUACUCCUCGCUCACUCCCUCACUUAUCGUCUACUCCUCGCUCACUCCCUCACUUAUCGUCUACUCCUCGCUCACUCCCUCACUUAUCGUCUACUCCUCGCUCACUCCCUCACUUAUCGUCUACUCCUCGCUCACUCGCUCACUCGCUCACUCGCUCACUUAUCAUCAACUACUCGCUCACUCGCUCACUUAUCAUCAACUACUCGCUCACUCGCUCACUUAUCAUCAACUCCUCGCUCACUCCCUCACUCGCUCACUUAUCGUCUACUCCUCGCUCACUCCCUCACUUAUCGUCUACUCCUCGCUCACUCCCUCACUUAUCGUCUACUCCUCGCUCACUCCCUCACUUAUCGUCUACUCCUCGCUCACUCCCUCACUUAUCGUCUACUCCUCGCUCACUCGCUCACUUAUCGUCUACUCCUCGCUCACUCGCUCAUUCUUGCUGCCUGUUCACCCAGGGGAGAAAGGAUCGGAUAGGUCCUCGCACUGGUCAGAGUUUAGCUCUGAUUCCAGUUUAG